UACCACCCGGCCCAAAACCGGACCACCGGCAAAUUUAGGAUUAAUUGUGUAAAACCAAUCUUCCUUUUACUUUGUUCAUUGAAUUGAUCUCCUGCUGUCAAGUUCCGCUUUCCGCAACAACUAAUUUUCUGCAUAGGUUGCCAGUUUUUUUGUCUGGAGCAAGGUCAAUCUCUGUAAUGGAGCUAGCAGACAGGGCUGUUGGGUUGCUUUUAUCAGUCAUUAGUUUAUCCAUAUUCACAUAUUAUACUUUCUGGAUUGUCAUCCUGCCUUUUGUUGACAGUGACCAUUUUGUGCACAAGUACUUCCUGCCUCAAGAAUAUGCGAUUUUCAUUCCUGUAUAUGCUGGUGUUGCUCUGAUCUGCUUCCUUUCUAUUUUUAUUGGAUAUGUGAUGCUGAAACCCAAAAAGAAAAAGGCAUAGGAGGAGGAAUCUAUUUACCUUCAUUGGUUGAGGUUCUAUGACACAGUUUCUUCUCAAGUCAGUUAUCUUAGAUAGUACUUACAAUGUAUUUCCUUUGCAGACUUUUCAGUGCGUUAUUUUCCUCAAGUUUUGAUAUAUUUGUCAGCUAAGGUUGCAUAUUUCAUGAUUUGCUUCAUUAUUUUGGCCAUAAGAGUAGAAUAAAUAAAGUUGUUAUAUUAUCUAGA